AGAUUCAAAAUCUCUCUCUGCACGCACUUCCGUAAAGACAAAAGAAGCCCAAAAUCCGUUCAUAUCCUUCUUCAUCUCUCCCACGAGACUAGAAACCUCUCUCACUAUCUCUUCUUUGCUCACAUUCUUUUAUUCAUUUACAGUGUUUCCAUCGUCGAUCUGAGACGAUUCUAUAUUACACGCCGCCUGGAUCUCGUUCUUUGAUCCGAGGGUAAAUCUCCGAUUCCUUGGGUUCAAUUUUCUCUGGAGAUAAUAACAAUGAGAACUCCUGGAACUCCAGUUUCGAAGAUGGACAGAACACAAGCUUUAACACCAGGUGGAGGCUCAAGAUCGCGGGAGGAGAAGAUCGUUGUGACUGUGAGGUUAAGGCCACUGAACAAGAAGGAACAGUUAGCGAAAGACCAAGUUGUUUGGGAAUGUGUAGAUGAUCACACCAUUGUGUCGAAACCACAAGUUCAAGAACGUUCGCAUCACCCGUCCUCUUUUACAUUCGAUAAAGUGUUUGGACCAGAGAGUUUCACAGAACAUGUGUAUGAAGAUGGUGUCAAGAAUGUUGCCUUGUCUGCUCUGAUGGGAAUAAACGCAACAAUAUUUGCGUAUGGACAAACGAGCAGUGGAAAGACAUACACCAUGAGAGGAGUAACGGAGAAAGCUGUCAAUGAUAUUUACAAUCACAUAAUUCAGACCCCUGAAAGAGAUUUUACUAUCAAGAUUUCUGGUCUAGAAAUAUAUAAUGAAAAUGUCAGGGAUCUGCUGAAUUCAGAUUCCAGUCGUGCCCUCAAACUCCUCGAUGACCCAGAGAAAGGGACUGUGGUUGAAAAACUGGUAGAAGAAACAGCUAAUAACGAUCAACACUUGCGGCAUCUGAUUAGCAUUUGUGAAGCUCAAAGGCAAGUUGGAGAAACUGCUUUGAAUGAUACCAGCUCGCGGUCACACCAAAUAAUCCGACUGACGAUACAAAGUACCAACCGUGAAAAUUCAGAGUGUGUGAGGUCAUACAUGGCUAGUCUGAACUUUGUGGACUUAGCAGGAAGUGAAAGAGCGUCACAGUCGCAGGCAGAUGGAACGAGACUCAGGGAAGGUUGCCAUAUCAAUUUAAGUCUCAUGACUCUUACAACUGUCAUAAGGAAACUAAGUGUGGGGAAAAAAUGCGGCCACAUACCUUACAGAGACUCCAAGCUUACUCGGAUUUUACAGCAUUCACUCGGUGGAAAUGCUCGAACAGCCAUUAUAUGUACAUUGAGUCCAGCUUCGGCUCAUGUUGAACAAUCACGAAAUACUCUAUAUUUUGCCAACCGAGCCAAGGAAGUUACAAACAAUGCCCAAGUCAACAUGGUUGUCUCUGAUAAGCAACUAGUGAAACAUCUUCAGAAAGAAGUAGCUCGAUUGGAGGCAGAGCGUCGUACCCCUGAUCCAUCAAGAGAAAAGGAUUUUAAGAUCCAACAGAUGGAGAUGGAAAUCGAAGAACUUAGGAAACAAAGAGAUAAUGCACAAAUCCAACUUGAAGAGUUGCGCCAAAAGCUUCAAGAAGAUCCACAACAAAAUAAGGGCUUAAAUCCUUUUGAAUCACCAGACCCACCGGUCAGAAAAUGUCUUUCCUAUUCUGUUGCCGUGACGCCUAGCGCGGAGAACAAAACGCUAAACCGGAAUGAGAGAGCAAGAAAGACUACGAUACGCCAAUCUAUGAUGCGCCAGUCAUCAACAGCUCCUUUCACAUUGAUGCAUGAGAUUCGAAAACUUGAACACCUUCAAGAACAGCUUGGGGAGGAAGCAACGAAAGCUCUUGAAGUACUACAAAAGGAAGUAGCUUGCCACAGACUAGGGAACCAAGAUGCAGCUCAGACAAUCGCUAAGCUUCAAGCAGAGAUAAGGGAAAUGCGUACUGUGAAAUCAUCCACAAUGCUUAAAGAUGUUCUGGAUGCUGGAGAUGUCAUAGCGCCUAACAAGAGUGUAAGUGCCAACCUCAAGGAAGAGAUUACAAGGCUCCAUUCACAAGGAAGCACUAUUGCAAAUCUGGAGGAGCAGCUUGAGAGUGUUCAGAAAUCAAUUGAUAAGUUGGUGAUGUCUCUUCCAAGCAACAUCAAUGCUGGAGAUGAAAAUCCAAAGACAAAGAAUCAUCAUCAAUCAAAGAAGAAGAAGCUUCUUCCUCUGACACCAAGCAGCGUUUCCAACCGCCAGAACUUCUUGAAAUCUCCAUGCUCUCCUCUUUCAGCUUCCAGGCAAGUCUUGGAUUGUGAUGCUGAGAACAAAGCUCCUCAAGAGAACAGCAAUUCCGCAACUCGAGGGACAACGACACCACAAGGGUCUGAGAAAGGGACUCCACAGAAAGGAGAGGAAAGCGGAGAUGUCUCGUCAAGGGAAAGCACUCCAGGUUACAGGAGAUCGAGCUCAGUGAACAUGAAGAAAAUGCAGCAAAUGUUCCAAAACGCAGCAGAGGAGAACGUGAGAAGCAUAAGAGCAUACGUAACCGAACUCAAAGAACGGGUAGCUAAACUACAGUACCAGAAACAACUUCUCGUUUGUCAGGUGCUUGAGUUGGAAGCAAAUGAAGGAGCUGGAUACAGCGUAGAGAACGAGGAGAACACGAUAAUGGAAGAUGAAGAGCAGAGUCAAGUGGCAUGGCAUAUAACUUUCAUAGAAGAAAGACAACAGAUCAUAGAGCUGUGGCAUGUAUGUCAUGUCUCCAUCAUCCACAGGACACAGUUCUAUCUGCUGUUCAAAGGUGAUCAAGCCGAUCAAAUCUACAUGGAAGUCGAGCUAAGGCGGUUAACUUGGUUAGAACAACAUCUAACAGAAGGAGGUAACGCAACUCCAGCUCAAACUGGCGAUGAGUCUGCAGUAGUAUCUCUAUCAUCAAGUAUAAAAGCAUUGAGAAGAGAGAGGGAGUUUUUGGCGAGAAGAAUCAACUCGAGACUGACGCCUGAGGAGAGAGAGGAGUUGUACAUGAAAUGGGACGUGCCACUGGAAGGGAAACAGAGGAAGCUUCAGUUCGUGAACAAGCUGUGGACUGAUCCUUACGACUCGAGGCACGUGCAAGAGAGUGCAGAGAUCGUUGCUAAGCUUGUUGGGUUCUGCGAGAGUGGUAACAUCUCUAAAGAGAUGUUUGAGCUCAAUUUCGCUGUGCCUUCAGAUAAAAGGCAGUGGAACAUUGGCUGGGACAACAUCUCUAACCUUCUUCAUCUGUGAUUUGAGACCUAAUCAAAAGCCCUGCGUUUUGUUGAAAACAAUUAUUUUUUUUGCAUUAAGAGAUGUAAACAGUAUUAUGUGCCACAUGUCAUCUGUAUAAGACUCCCCUCGUCCUUUCCGCUGGACAGCAGUAUAAAUCCAGAGCCCAAAACAAAAAGAUUCAAGUUUUUAUUCAUUUUAAUGUUAGUAAAAUUGUUCUCUCUCGAAUCAGUCCUUCAAAAAAAAAAAAUUUAGUUUCCAAUUUGCUUCACUGUCUGGUCGAUUCUGCUUAUCAAUUUUUCUUCUUGAGCUCUGUUUUUGAUUCAUCAUCAGAGUAAAGCCCUAAAUUUGGUUUUUCUUUUUGCCCAUUCAAAGUAUCGCAUUCCCCUAAUUUCAGAGAAGGCGAUAAAAUAUCGUCUUUGGAUUCUCUUUGUUUAUGAUCUGUUCAAGUGAAGGAACGAUCGUAUUAGCUACUGGAUACUCAUUUCCCAUAUCCCCCGUCAAAAGAUCGUCCAGAUUUUAUGUAAGCGAGAUCCGAAAUCAUCUUCCGAUCAAUGUCACAGCUCGUCGACGAUCAUCGAUGGCGGUGGACGCGAUGACAGUGAGAUCAAAAUUAUCACCGAUGGUUCUGUUAUCAGGAGCCAGCGAUCGAGUCAGCGCUGUCUUCUACAUACGAGAGAUCAGACAGAAGAAGAGGAAAAUAUGUGACUCGCCGAGGAAGAGGAACAUCGGCUGCGGCGUUUCGCCUUUGCCGACGCCGACAACGGCGGUUGAUGAGCAUGUGGCGGUUAGGCGGGGUUUGGCGGUGAGGCGGGUUUUGGAGGAUAACGGUGGCGAUGGAAGCUCCGUCAGAGAUUUCUCUCUCUUCACUACCAAGAGAGGCGACACCUUGUUCACUCAGUCAUGGACACGUGCUGGCUCCGUUAAGAACAGGCCUUAAAGCUGAUAUCUUUCUGUGAGCUUGCUUGUAGGGGACUUGUUGUUCUGCUACAUGGUCUGAACGAACACAGUGGGAGGUAUAGUGAUUUUGCAAAGCAGCUAAAUUUUAAUGGAUUCAAGGUCUAUGGAAUAGACUGGAUCGGUCAUGGUGGAAGCGAUGGACUUCAUGCUUAUGUUCCUUCUCUUGAUUAUGCUGUCACUGAUUUGAACUCGUUUCUUGAGAAGGUAAUCGCAGAAAACCCAGGAUUGCCUUGUUUCUGCAUUGGUCACUCAACAGGAGGAGCCAUCAUCUUGAAGGCUAUGCUAGAUCCAAAGAUUGAAGCUCGAGUUUCAGGGAUUGUGUUAACUUCACCCGCAGUUGGAGUCCAACCAUCUCAUCCUAUCUUCGGCGUACUUGCACCUUUCCUCGCGUUCCUCAUGCCAAGAUACCAGUUAAGUGCUGCAAAAAAGAAAGUAAUGCCGGUUUCCCGUGACCCGGAAGCUCUCAUGGCUAAAUACUCUGACCCGUUAGUCUACACCGGGUCUAUCCGGGUAAGAACCGGUUACGAGAUCCUUAGACUUGCUUCUCACUUGCUGGAGAAUUUGAACAGAAUCAAGGUCCCGUUUCUUGUGCUACACGGCACAUCUGAUACUGUUACGGAUCCUAAAGCUACUCAGAGACUAUACGACGAAGCUUCCUCGUCCGACAAGUCGAUCAAGCUGCUCGAUGGGUUGUUGCAUGAUCUGCUCUUUGAACCGGAACGGAGAAUUAUCGCUGGAGUCAUAUUGGAUUGGCUAAACCGGCGGGUCUAAAUUUCUCAAGCCAAAUGUAGCAGUUUUAUUGUAAUGAAUAAAUUAUACGGUUUUGUAAUUAUGAAUAUCGUCAGGUUAAUUUGGACAAUGCAAAGUUUAUUUUGUCUUAUCAUGUAAUUAAAUCUCAAAGCCGGUCAACUCAGUUGUGAACUGAUAAUAUAAACAUUAAAAAAUGAGUGCUUA